AACUGUAAACAACUCUCGAAAUGCCCGGAAAUAUACGUAAACAUUUUAUUAGUAACCUUCAAGCAAUCCAUGUGUAACUAUCAGUACUGUGUGUGCAGAGAAUUCUAUUAUUUCUGCUAAGGUGCUGAAUACUGCGCAUAAUUUUUAAGUUGAUAUUGCAGAUACGGUAUUAUGUCAUUAGUUACAUAGGCACACUAAUAUGGAUAUAAUGGCGACGUUAUUACCAUUCUCUGGACCGCUGACGUCUGUACAUUACAAUAAGAUGUUUCAUCCAAAUCUUUGCCACGUUUGCAAGAAGACUAGAGAAGUGGUAAAUUUGAUAACAUGUAAUCGGUGUUUCAUGAUCUCUUAUUGCUCCGAAGACCACAAAAACCUGCACCUUCCUCAACACCGUGAACUUUGCACAGUUAUAACAAAAGUCCUGAAGAAUAACCCGCAAUGGCUCACUCGCCGUUUUAGUUCGGCUGAAUGACCGGACUAUAUUCCUGCAAAAGAUGUGUGUCCGUCGACUAUUGUCUAGAACACAGGAAAGAAUUCGAACAGCAACAUAAACGAAUUUCCUGCAACCUUUUGACACUGUGGCUCAAUCUUGAGUUCUCAAAUGUCCAGUACGAAAGUAAAGCCUCAUUAUCGUUGAAAUUUAUGAGGUUCCCUGAUAACGAUGGACUUUUUAAUGAUAUGGCAAGAUUUAUGGAAGAAUAUGUACAAAACAAAAAAGGUGUAUGGUAUGCCUUGGAUUACAUCUAUACCGAUUACGUAUCAGGACCAUUCUCAGUAUAUUAUGGAAUGUACCAUGCAGGACUACUUGAUGUUCUAUUGAAUGCAUCUAUCUAUAUCAUUCAUAUUAUAGCAGCAAGCUCGAUAGAAAGAAACGGUUUACCAGCUUGGGAAAUAUUGUUACAUCUACUACCAGAUAUGCAAGUACUAAUAGUUGUAUUAGUAGGAACAGAUUUACAAUUUGAAUUUGGUACACAGGAGAUUUGUCCCUGUUGCGUUUUCAAUAAGAAGAAGUUUAUCUAUGAAUGUUGUUGUAUGACAUACAGCGAUUACCUGACCAAUGCAAUAUAUAAAAGAGCCAACCUGAUUGUAGGUUUUCAAGCAGUGUUAAAAGCUGAGUUAUGGGCCAAAUGUAUAAAGGCAAUGCAAUCUCAAGAAUGUCCACUACUUUUAACCACUACAUCGCGAGAUAUAGCGUUAGAAGAAAUAGCCGAUAUUCAGAAAGUUUUGGGUAGAGAUGUAUAUCCUAUUACUAGUGUUUAUAAUGUAUUCAGGUCUUUCAGACCGCACAGAGGCUUUAAAUAUAUGUAUUAUCGUAAUUCAUUUUUAAUUGUCUACAAAACAUUAAAGAAUAACAAGCAGCACAACUAGCAGUAGUUAAAAUUGCAUAUAUAUAAUUAUAUCUUUGCUUUGAU